GAUCGUCCCCAUAUUUUGUAGAAUAUCUCCUGCUUUUUUCUCCGAUUCAGAAUUAUGUGAAGGAAGAAACUUGGAGUUGGAGUUGGAGUUGCAGAGAGAAAGCUUCUUUAUGUUUGCCUACAAACCCAAAUCCCUCUUCCCAUCUCUUCCAAAACACAUUUCAAAUUCCCUACUUUCUCACUCCUCCUCCUCCUCCUCACUUGUCUCUGCACUCCCACCGCGCCCUUCCCUCCGCCAAACCAAGCAAGCCCAUGCUCACAUCAUCGUCUCCGGCCACGCCGCCUACUCUCCCCUCCUUUCCCACCUCCUCUGCCUCCUUUCUCUCUCCCCAACUACUCCAUUUCACUACUCCCUCUCUCUCUACCACUCCAUCAAAUACCCAUCUGUUUUCGCCACCAAUAACAUGAUCCGCUGCUUCGCAAAGAGCGAUUCGCCUCUCCUUUCCCUGCUUCUCUUUUCCUGCUCCAUCCUGCGAUCCUGCGUCAAGCCCAACAACCAUACUUUUACUUUUCUGCUUCAAGCUUGCAGCAGGGCUAUGGCGCUCACUGAAGGAGAUCAGGUUCAUGCCGUUGUUGUAAAACUUGGUUUUGGCGGGUAUGUUUUCGUGAGGAAUGCUUUGAUUCAUUUGUACUGUUCUUGCUCUAGAAUUGAAUGCUCGAAACGGGUGUUUGAGGAGAAUGUUAGUUCCCGAGAUGUGGUUACUUGGAACUCAAUGCUGACUGCUUUUGUAAGAGACGAGCAGAUUGGUGUUGCAGAGAAGCUGUUUGAGGAAAUGCCCGCGAGAGACGUGAUAUCGUGGAGCACGAUGAUCUCGGGUUACGUCCAAAAUGGAGGGUUAGAACAAGGGUUGGAGUGCUUUAAACGGAUGAGGGAGGAAGGGAUUAGGAUGAAUGAGGCCACAUUAGUCUCUGUUCUUUCAGCGUCCGCGCAAUUGGGGUUGCUCGAACAUGGUAGAUUAGUUCACUCGCUUGCUGAGUCUUUGAAUUUUCCUUUGACAGCUUGCCUCGGCACAGCUCUGAUUGACAUGUACGCAAAAUGUGGAUGCAUCGAACAGUCUAAACUCUUGUUUAAAAACAUGACCCAGAGAGAUAUUUGGACAUGGAAUGUCAUGAUCUGCGGAUUGGCAUCGCAUGGCCUUGGGAAAGAAGCACUUGCACUUUUUGACAGGUUCGUUGAUGAGGGUUUCCGUCCCGCAAAUGUGACUUUCAUUGGUGUCUUGGGUGCCUGUAGUAGAGCAGGUUUGGUACGCGAAGGAAGACAUCAUUUUAAGUUGAUGACGGAAAAGUAUGGCAUAUUACCUGAGAUGGAGCAUUAUGGGUGCAUGGUUGAUAUCUUGGGCCGUGCAGGGUUUGUAGAUGAAGCUGUUGAGUUGAUUGAGAAGAUGACGGUUUCCCCAGAUCCUGUAUUAUGGGCAACACUCCUUGGUGCCUGUAAGAUACAUGGAUCAAUAGAAUUGGGUGAAAAGAUUGGGAACAAAUUACUAGAACUGGAUCCAACCCAUGACGGGCAUUAUGUACAACUAGCCAAUAUAUAUGCAAAGGCAAGGAAAUGGGAAGACGUUGUGAGAGUUCGGAGAUUAAUGGUUGAGCAAAAUACUAAUAAAGCUGCAGGUUGGAGCUUGAUUGAAGCACAGGGUAGAGUUCAUAAAUUUGUUGCAGGGGAUAGAGAGCACGAACGCUCUCUAGAGAUUCACAAAAUGCUGGAGACAAUUGGAACACGAAUAGCAGAAGCUGGCUACUCACCGAAUGUUACAUCAGUUUUGCAUGAUAUAGGGGAGGAAGAAAAAGAGAACGUUAUAAUGGAGCACAGCGAGCGACUUGCGAUGGCUUUUGGCCUGUUAGUGACAGAGGCUGGGGAGUGCAUUCGAAUCAUGAAGAAUCUGAGAGUUUGUGAGGAUUGUCAUGAGGUAAGCAAGAUAAUUUCGAAGGUGUUUGAGAGAGAAAUUAUAGUGAGGGAUGGAAGCAGAUUUCACCAUUUCAAGGACGGAAAAUGUUCCUGCCUUGAUUAUUGGUAGAGUAGGCUUUGCUUUCUGGAGCUAUUACCCUGCCUUGUUCACUGAUCUCCGGAAAAGUAUUUAGUACCCAUUUUGGUCUCCCUA